AUGGGGAAAUAUAAUUGUUAUAUAUGUCGUUUAAGUAAGAUAUGCCAAGGAGACUUUUGUUUGAGUCACAGGUUGCCUGGCACAUCUUUUCUUAUUGAUGCUGAUGUAAAUAAUGGGGAUGGUCGUGAUGAUGAUGAUGAUGAUGAUGAUGAUGAUAACUUUGUAUCUUUCUGUUUCUUUUUGCAGGAUGGAACGAAACUUUAUGAUGACAUCGACCCAAGUCAUGUUGGGGAAACUUCCGAUAACGAAGAUUCUGAUUUGUAUGAAAUUCCGGUCACCCAGACUUCGGAAGAGAGCAACCAUGCUGUCGAGCCGAUUGUUGAAGUGAUCGAGUGUGGUAACCAUGACGAUGCCUCCUCAGAAGAAGCUGCUGUCUCCCCAUCGACGAACCGACCGCCGUUGCCGCCACGAAAGGCCGUCACAUCAGAACCGAUCAGGUUAGAGGGUGGUCGCAAGAAUGGCAACCGUCUGCUGUGGAGUUUACCCCCCCAGUUGCCUGCGAGGCCCCAGCUGGCCACCCGCAGGGAAAUAUAUGCCAUGAUGUCGGAGAAAUCAGAACACACGGACGACAACUCUGGCCCCGAAUACCUGCACCGUAAGUGGAUCAUGAGUAUCACACAACUCUCUGCUUACCAACGAGAGAUGACCGACGCCCUUACGCAAAUAAGGAAGGCAGAUGAAGAGAGGGCAUCGAACUGUUCUAAUGACUAUGAUCGAAGUUCAGAAGUGCGGAGCAAGUUAAGCAUUCGUCUUCCAAAAAAUCUGAAGAAAAUAAAGAAAGGUAAACACAGCCGCAAAACUCAUUCGUCCUCUCAGUUGGAACUCGUUCAACCUGUGAAGAGCCUCGAAGAUAUUGUCAUCUCAGGGGAGUUGUACCUCAAGAAGAAGCUGACAUGGAGCAAGCGUUUUGUUGUGAUCAGCGCUGGACGUCUCAUGUGUUACAAAUCAGAACAGGAUCUUCGGCCUUGUGUCGUUGUUAACCUGGCUGGCUACUCUGUCAACUUUAUCGAUCGUGACAGUCGUCAUGGAUACGAACUGAAACUGGUGCACCCCACCUCUGAGACGCUCCAUUUCUCUGUCGAUUACCGUGACUGGGCUCUCAUCUGGACUGAGGGAAUGAGAUGUGUUUCUGAAGGUCGACCAGUUCCUAAUUCUCCACACUUUCUCAACAGACCAUUCAGUGGCCAUUCCGAUUCUGGGAUGGGAAGCAGAUGGUUCACCUGGGCCAAUGUCACUACAUUACAGAAUGACAUGAGAGGUUCAGUUUCAAAUCUGUCCAAUGACAGCAGUGAAAGGGGCAGCCAAGACGAGAAUCUGCAUCGUCCACCUUCAAUAUCAGAAUAUUUGUCUGAGAAAGCACCACCACGUAUGGGUAACUUAGCAAUGAGGGCAUCGCGGUUCUUUGAAAACCUCAACUGGCGGAGAUACCCCAAAAAAGAUGCAGAUUUGAAGCUAAGCAGGUUCUCAUUGAAUUCUUUGCCAAGGAAAAAGAACUCCACCCCUGACACAUCCCCUGAUAUUCCCAAGUCCGAAAAAUUGGUUUCCUUAUUGGAACAGAGCUGGCAGGAAGAUACUAACAUCUUGUGUAAAAGUUACCUCAACAUCUACAGCAGUUUCAACAAACGACGGUGGGGCAAGCGUUGGUGCCUGGUGAAGAUGGGCGAGUUUGAGUGUUACAUGAACCAGAAAAAUAACGUCUGUGAGUUGAGUUUCCCGCUCAAGGAUUGCGUUGUACGUUCGGCCAAGACAGAAACAAAGAGUGACCUCGGUUUAAUGAUUCUGAAAGAUAACGUUGAGAAAAUCACAGUUGAGCCCCUAAAUGAAGAUGAGAUGCAGAAUUGGUUGGCAGUGCUGAUGGCUGAGACUUCUACAGAGGACGUUCCAGAAGGUUUGGAACAAUACUUUGAAGAGACACCAUAUUCCGAUAUCCCUGUAGUCAGACAGCUCAGCAUGAAGUGUCCCAAGAAUGCUAAACAAACACCUGAUGUGAUUGACGGAUCUGGACAAACUGAGAAAGACGGUGAAAAUGUAGUUGAUGAUGUAGCGUCAACAUUGUCAGAUCAAGUUGUCAAAGUUUCUGAUGGAAGCUUCACAAAUCUGAAAGACGAGCAGCUGCUGAGAGUUAAACAAGAAAUGUAUGACGCAACAGAAGUUAACGAGGAGAUAGAAGAAUCUAGUAACGAAGUACUGCUGUGGGACGUGAACAAAAGGAACUCGUUGGGUAAUUUGUACAGUCAAGUGGAGUACAAGGACAGCCUUGCAGGGUUCUCCGGCAGUGGGACAGAUUUUGGUAGUGUCAGUAUUUCUGAUGAUCUCUCAAUGAAGUCGGGUUCUGUUGACUUCAGUUUAAAGAGGAGUUUCUCAGAGAAACGCUAUAAAGGCAUCAACAGUCUGACCACCUCGUGCAGUGAGCUGAACAGCACUUGCACUCGGACCUCAUCGCAUGGCAACCUGGACAAACUCUCAGCUGCUGAUUCAAAUGACACUUUCAAUGACUUCUUUUAUUCUUGGAACAAUCAGCGUCGGAGCAGCGAACUGCUGUCCGAGCUGGACAUCGAGACGUUGAUGCGGUCUUGGGAUGUGAAGACUAAAAUCUUGAUGAUUGAGGAGAAGAACCAACAAAACAAAGAAUAUUCCAAGACAGACUUUGCACAGAAUGGUAACACAUGUCACUCGACAUCAAACAAGAAACCAUUCCCUGUCAGUCCGAUCUCUUCCGUCUCCAACAAUGACUGUGACACACCCGCCUUUUGUUCACGGACGAAAAGCUUAAACAGUGCCCGGAUGGCUCGCAAUAAAGCAACACCAAAUGGUUUGUCAAAAGCAGCAGCAGCACCGUUUCGGAAAUCGACUGGCCACGUGGACCGUCCAGCAGAAAUCCUCCAGACUAAGUUGGACGAGAUGAGAUCUAAACUGGUCAGUUUGAAACAAAACAGAAUUGCAGCACGAGACAAGAAACUGCGAGCGAGUGAUAGCAACGAGCGAUUAGAGUAUGAAGAGGAAUACAACCGACUUGAUAGUGAAUGUCGUGUGACGGAUGAAGAAAUAAGUAAACUGGAGAAGAUGCUGAAGAGAGAAGAAGUGGAUGAGGAGGAUGAAGCAUCAAGAUUUUCUGUGUCAGAAGCCUAAUAUGGAGGAUGUUUUAUUCCUAAAUUUGAUUGAUUCCCGAACUUAGCAGAAAGUUGACCAAAUCUCCAAGACUGGGGCAUCAAGAGUUGCUGUUUUCUGGAGGUCACUCAUCGAAGCAAGGAACUGCAAUCUUACCAAUUCACUUGCCUUUAUCUUCACCAACUCAGUCAAUGGGGAGGGCCAUCUUUGGAAACCAAAAGAUUACAAAUUUACCAGCCAACAAACCAACUGAUCAACCAAACUUCUUCCCUUAUCUCUUCAUUGAAUGAGACUCUUGGAAGAGACAAGGAGAAUUUUGGUGCCGUUUCCCCUCUUACCAUUGUACAGAGAACAUUGACAACACUGUACAGAAUUUGGAAUAUAUAACAUGCACACACAAUGAGGUGUGUCGAGCCUGAGUGGAUGUGAAAUGGGAGGUGUGUGUGUGUAUGUAUGUGUGUGCAAGUUUGCAGUUCUGUUAGGAGAGAGAGAGAGAGAAACAGAUGAAAUGUGUGUGUGUAGCUCUGUGUGUCUAUACUGUAUAUAUUAAUGAGUUUGUGCGACUAUAUAGAUUAAAUCUCUGUGUGCGUGCAUAUAUAUAUUUCUGAUGUGUAUGUUGCUGUGUGUAAAUAUACAUGCAUACAUACAUCUAUAUAUGUAGUGUAUAUAUGUAUAUAAGAAUAUAUAAAAUGUGUGUAUAUAUAAUAUAUAUAUAUAUAUAAAUGUAUAUAUAUAAAGUCUUCAGCACUCUGCCAGUCUUGUCUUACCAAAUGCCUUAAUCUCUAACCAAAGUUGAAGAAUAUAAACUGAGAAAAUUCUUUCCACCCCACCCCCACUACAACCCAUGCCUUCAUUCUGGGAAUCCUUAACAAAGUGUCUCCCUAUUUUUGUCCCCUACUGAUCACAUCCUACAAAACCCUAUCAAACCCAGUUUAAUCCUUCAGACCAAAACAGCAGUUUAAUUCCAUGUCAAUUAAUUUGUAAAAUUGAUUUGCUAUUUUUCUUGACACAGUUGGGACCUCAUUGGGACUUGACCCUCAUUCUAAAAUAGGGGUCCCACAGGUUGUUAGGGUUUUGGUCCUGGUACUAAAGAUGGGACCCCACAGGUUCUUAGGGAUUUGAUAGUUGCCCUUUGUAACAGAAAUCUCUUUGCUGCUAUGCAGUCAUCUAACAUGCUGGAAAGAGCAGCCAGAUCGCCCUUGAAUCAUCGCACUAUCUUAAGAGAAAACAAGGACACGGAUAUAUGAACGGAUGGCAUGGUCAUGGCUGGAGUGCCUUUCAUUAUCAGAACUGUAUCUGUUGUAACAGAACUGGGUUGAGGUGAAACAGUGAUCAUGCCGUCCAUACCUGUGUUUGGAGCAAUCGUCCAUAACUGACCACCACUACUGUGAUGUCCAUGACUGACACCCCCUCCCCCUCCCAACAACAACAAUGAUGAGGAAAUCUUGAGAUGUCAUUGACUGAGUGACUCUGCUUUUCGAAAAACCCAUUCACCUUGCUUCUUCUCAUCCACUCUUCUGCAGUUUUCGAAACACACACACACACACACACUUUAGACUUUCUGUCUGCCUCCCUCUCCCUCCCUCUCUCUCUCCCUCUCCCUCUCUCCUUUUACUCUCAUCCUUAUCUCUCUCUUUUCUAUUCACAACAUAUACUAACAUAAUCACAAGCACCAUGUUACAGUAACACAUACGUACGCACCGUAGUACUCACUACAGCACACACAUUCACACACCAUAAAUUCCUCCAAGAGCAGAGAGUGGAGAGAAGAAAGAAAAGGAAGACCAAUUCUUGAAAUAUUUAAUUUCAAAAAUAUUUAUGCUGGUUUUAACCACGGAGUUAUCUCCCUUGGACCCCCCCGUCUACUUUACGUCAGUUAUCUCCCUUGCUUUGUUAAUCUCCCUUGCUUUGUUAAUCUUCUUUGCUUUGUUAAUCUUACCUCAGUGAUCUUCGUCUCGUCUCCAUUUAUCCCCUCCAGGAUUUCCGUGAACACCACAAGGCACCUAUUAAUGUAGGCUCUAUGAUCCUAACUAGAAAUGAUCUUUAUUCUUGAUUAUCCACGAUGUGAAUUCACAGAAUCGGACAAAAUGCGUUGUGCUAUUUGUUCUGGCCUUUUACAUUCUGUGUUCAAACCCCGUCGAAGUCACCUGUGCCUUUCAUCCCUCCUGGGCCGAUGGAAUAAUGAACCAGUCCAGACAGGGAGAUGUAAUCAACUAAUCCUUCCCCUGAAAAUUACGGCCCAAAUUAGGGACCAUUAAUUAUUUUGAUUAGUUCUUUAUCAGAGUUGAUUGUUUCAAAACGAUUUCUAUUGAAUUGCCCUCGAUGAUGAUGAUGAUGAUGAUGAUGAUGAUGGUGAUAGUGAUGAUGAUGAUGAUGAUGAUGAUGAUAAUGAUGAUGAUGAUGGUGAUAGUGAUGAUGAUGAUGAUGAUUCCAGGAAUCUGCUAAAAAAAUCAGUUUGUUAAACCCAAAACUUCAGAUCUGCCAUUACAAGCCAUUUUACUUCAGGACUUCACAGACUCAAAGGGGACACACAGACAGACCAUUCCUGUUGACUUCCACUUGACCAUUUUAACACAGGAACCAAAAAGGAAAAAAAAAACAAAAAAAAAACAAAGAGAGCCUUUCCAUGGCUGCUGAACCUGGUAGAAAUGGCAGCUAAAAAUCACUCUAAAACGAUAGUCUGCUGUCUUUAAAAACUGGCAGGACAUAUUGGAUAAUGUAGUCCUAGAUACACUUUGCCUGGCUAAAAAAAAAAAAAAAAAAGACAGGCUGGAUUGCUUUAGUUGAUGACCACUAACCUGGGGUUAAACAACAAUCCAUGGAUUCUCUCCGAUCUCCGUCCAAUUUUGACAAACGACCAAUUACGGUGAGCAACAAAUUCCAGGAGGUUUUCGAGAGGAAUUUCAUGGACCAAAAUCUUUGAUUUUUCUCAAUUCCUAUCAUUUAUUGAUUAGAUUGAUAUCUGAUAGAAAAAAAAACCCAACAACAAAAAAGACAAAACAAAAUGUAAUAAAGUGUAUUUAAUUAGCCUGUCAUUUAAUUUAUCACAUAAUUAUGAUUAAGAAUAAUUUUUUUUUUUUUGAAGUAAAGAAAUAAUUUAAACA